AACCACCACGAUUCUCCGGGACGAAGGGAUUGACAAAUGAUCCGCGAUGGACGCGUUGCAUCUGUCCGAUUCAGAGAAAUAAGUAAAAUUAUUGAUUAUUCGUAUCGUGUCGAGAGUGUAUAUCUUGUGCGCGAUCGCCAUACGAUACGACUGCACUGUUCCAGCUGGAAAUUAUUCGAUUAAUGCGAUUCUUCCGUGACGGAAAUCUCGAGAUUACGGCCACAUCCUGUUGGAAAUUACAAAGUCGAUGUUGACGUUGCGCCUAUUGCCGGUUAUUGAUCUUUGAUUGCACAUCCAUUUCGUAAUCCACGCGAGAGACAGAUCAAUGUCGGGAUCGAGUAGCAGGAUCGCUGUUUCUCCGCUCGGCGCUCUACUCAACGAAUCGGAAACGUGUUUCAUCGUUUUAUUUAAAAAUUGGCUAUUUGCGUUACAUCAUCGCAUCGAGCCAAAGUCGAGGUCGACCACAAUAGGUGCGGUUGAGAGUAGUGGAGAGAUAGUGUCAGAGCCAAACGCCGGGACUGAUAAGAGCGAGAUGUGGAAGUCGAUCUCAUUAUUUUUGUGUUCUGUGAGAUGGCAGACUUCGUCAAGAGAGGUAGCGUGCAGUUCGUCAAACGUGGCAGUUGUCAAAUAAAGCUCGCUGCGCAAGAGGUUCGAGCGGCUGUACGAGCGCGACACAUUGUUGCCGCAUUGGUCGCAGUUGGAUUUGCACUUUGCGGCGCGGUCGAAGUCAGCUCCUCCGUUGCACUACUAGCGAAUCAGGAAGACAAUCAUGCCAUCAUCGACACGUCUUGGCACUGCGACAUGCUGGUCAAUAUCACCAGCCGCAAUCGCACCGAGGACUUCGAAGUUAUACUCAUGGAGCUACCGCAGGAAGAGCGAACGGAGUCCAUCAUGCGCGAGGCUUUUCUAUGGGGACAGGUCGCCGGACCGAUCUUGGGUGGUUGUCUGGUAUGGGGCCGAUCCGGACCCUCCAUGGUGUUCUCACGUGCGGUUCUCAGCGCCUGUUUAGCAUCCCUAUUAGUACCCGCGGCCUGGCGCGGACCAUCGCAUGUUGCGUUACGGUUGUUUCAAGGAUUGUGCACCGGCGCAACCAUGCCUGCUGCUCACAUGCUCGCGAUGACCUGGUUUAAGAGCAACCACAGGACCUGGUACUUUAGUUGUUACGCAGCCGUCAGCGUGGGUUAUUGCCUCACCGGAUGGCUGGGCACCGCGGUGGUGCGGACGUUCGGCCGCGAUUCUCUGUGCUACGGUCUGGUUCUCCUGGCGCUCUGCUGGUACUUCGCCUUCGGUCGAUUCGUCAAGGAUACGCCGAAGUCCUAUCAACACGACACGAACGCGGCUGUGAUACCGUGGGGGAAGCUAUUGAGGUCCGUACCCGUCUGGGCGUCCGCGGUGGCGACCAUGGGCAAUCAAUGGGGCGAUGCAACGCUCGCCCUCGGCAUGACCAAGUACCUGAAGCUCAUCUACGGGUUCUCCACAGCUAACGACUCGGUGUUGACUACGUUACCUCACAUUGGUCACUUCAUGGCUGCAUUGACCUGUGGUCUCCUGGUGGAUCAUGUUCGUGAAGCUAAAAUAGUCUCCACGACCACGGCGAGAAAGUUGGUCGUUUACACAGCGCACUUUAUCCCCGCGGCCCUUCUCUUCGUCGCCGGAUACGCCGGCUGUCAAGCCCUGGGUGCCGCCUGGCUGGGGAUCGCCGCCCUUCUGGUUUCCGGUACGGCACCGGCCGGUGCACUUGCAGCUAUAGCGGAUCUUGCACCUGCGGAAUCGCCAGCAUGCGCCGCGGCCGCAUGCGCUAUCUGCUCCACUCUGGGGGCCGCUGGUCUCCUGGCUGCCAACUACUUUGUUACCCAGGCCCUUCACGGAUCCAUCGCUGGCUCCUGGCGAUUGGUCUUCGGGGUUGCGUCUGUCGUCCUGCUGACGACCGCUGCUGUCUUUUUGGCACUUGGCAAGGGCGUUCCACAACCAUGGAUCCCAUCCGUGCCGAGGCCGCGAAGUAACGACGUGAUCUAUGAACAGGACACGUUGGAACUCGAUCACGAGGACGUGGGCGUGCAGACCGAGCCCUUCGUGCCCUACGCGCUGGAGGACGACAUCGAGAGCCUGAAGAACGUGCCUCGCUCUGCGUCGAUACACUCGAAGAUCUCGAUAGCCUCCAAUUGAACCAUGACUGUUCAAGCGGAGAAAAUUCCUCGUGCCAUUUUUGUGUCAAGGAUGCUCUAUCCCUUCGGAUGAUCGCGGUAGAGAAGUGUGUAGUAAGUAAUAUCAUAUGCGAGUGCACGUGUGAAUAAUACGAUGAAUGUAUAUAAGUCUCGAAAAAUGAGAAUCACCUAUUUAUAUCAUUAAGAUAAAUUGUAGUACUCGAACGAUACAUAUAAAAAAUAUUGGAAAAAGUAUAUUAAAAUAAAGAAGUAUUGUGGAAAAAG